CGGUACUGUCACUAUGCCGGACUGUUUGUGCGGUCGCACAGAUAUUAAAUGUGAGUUUCAGCAUGAAGAAAGAGCAGGUGGUAAACUGUCAGUUUUCUGUUUGGUAUCCUUUGUUCAAGAAACACACUAUUAAGAGCUUGAUCCUACCUAUACCUCAAAAUGUAAUCGAGUAUUUAUUAGAUGAUGGGACACUUGUGGUUUCUUGCAGUGAGAACAACACUCAGCACACAGAGGCCAAUCACAGUGAUUCAGAUGAGGAUGACAUUCAGUGGACCGAUGAUGAAACGACAACAACAGUUACAGCACCAGAAUUCCCAGAGUUUAGCAUAAAGGUGCAGGAGGCAAUAAACGCUCUGGGUGGUCGUGUCUUCCCAAAGCUGAACUGGAGUGCCCCACGGGAUGCCAACUGGAUAGCUCUGAACAGUUCCCUACAGUGUCAGAGCUUAAGUGACAUCUUUCUUCUUUUUAAAAGUUCAGAUUUCAUCACACAUGACCUCACACAGCCAUUUCUUCAUUGUAGUGAUGAUUCGCCAGAUCCAACUAUUAACUAUGAGUUGGUUUUGAGAAAAUGGAGUGAACUCAUUCCAGGUGGUGAGUUUCGCUGCUUUGUGAAAGAAAACAAGCUAACAGCAAUCUGUCAGAGAGACUACACACAACAUUACCAUCACAUCGCCAAACAGGAGGCGAACAUCUCCUGCUCUAUAUUGGAGUUCUUUAAGGACCACAUUCAGUAUAAGUUCCCUGAUGAGGACUUUGUCCUGGAUGUUUACAGAGACAGCAUGGGCCGUGUGUGGCUGAUUGACUUCAACCCAUUCGGUGAGAUCACAGACUCUUUGCUCUUUACAUGGGAGGAGCUAACCUCUGAAAAUAAUCUCACAGCCAAUCAGACGCAAGGGGAAUCUGCACUGCAGGACAGACCGGCAUUUCGUUGCACCACUAGUGAAGUCACUGUGCAGCCCAGUCCAUGUCUGUCAUACAGAAUCCCACGAGACUUUCUGGACCUGUCCACUGGUGAAGAUGCCUAUAAACUCAUAGAUUUUCUUAAGCUGAAGAGGGGUCAGCAGGAGGAGGAGGAGUCUGAAGAGGAAGGGGCCAGAUCUCAGUUGUAGAUUUUCAGGGAUGUCGUAUAUCAUUGGUACUUCAUUUUCUGUAGGUUUAUCUUCCUGGAGUGUUCACGAUUACGGUAUCCUGAUUGGCUAGUUCAUGUUAAUACUGAAUAAGGAUGUUACUUUGCAGUAAGGCAGAUCUCCAGGUCAAGGAUUAUGUAUCUCCUACUGUAUAUAUACUGUAAAUGCUGCAGCAGAUUUAUUAACGCUUCUGUAUUAGAGAGGACCUUCUGUUUUCUAUCUACAAUAGUGCUUACAUAAAUUAAAUAUAAUGUAUAAAUGUUCAAAACUGUACAAAGAACAUAAUAAAUU